GUAAAAACAAGCAAGUGCGCAUGUCUGCCCUUAGUUUAGUUUUGAAUUUUUGUUAUUGCUUUUUCCACUCUCUCUUUAUUUCCUCUCUUUUUUCCGCUCGCACACACGUGCAUGAAAUUUGCGGGGGAGUUGAAGCUCUUUGUUUAAAAAUACCAAUUUACAAGGCUUAAUUAUUAAGAGAAAUGUAAAACAAAAUAUACUGAUUAAAUUAUUUGUCAAAUGCAUUUGCAGACCCCGUUACCUAAUCAUAAAUGUCAAAAAAUGAAGUGAUUUAUUGCGCAUUUCCACACGCAUACAUAGAGCCACCAGCCGACUAAUCAAUCACUCAAUCGAGGCACACACACACUGGUCAUUUGGUUCUACAUCAAUUCAGUUCGUGAUUGGAGCUUGGGGAGAACAUACACAAAGCAAUAACGCCGGUCGUCAGGUGGUGGAAAUUUACACUCGGAUUCCAAACAGUACCAACAACAAUCAGAGGCAGUAACCAAGGCGUUUUCCAACACUCUAUCAGUUGGGCAACUCUGGUCGACUUGUAAACAACAACAGCUGAUUGAGGUAAACAAAAAAGAUGGCAGUUGCCCUGCCGGAUCGCUUUAGUGCCGGUAAACGACAGUUCUGGCGUGAGUUUCUAGCUCUUUAUCAAGGAAUGCCGGAGUUGUGGGAUGUUCACAACUUAAAGUAUCGGAACAAGGAGUUGCGGAACCAAGCCUACGAACUACUGGAAAGAAAACUCCGGGAGAUCCAGCCUAAUGCCACACGGGCUGAAGUUAAACGAAGGAUCAACAUAUUUCGCACAAAUUACAGGCGGGAACAGAUGCGAAUUCUUAAGCAGAAGGAGCUGGGCCUGCACUCGGACCUUUGUAAACCCACUCUGUGGUUCUAUGACUACAUGGGCUUCCUCCUCACCCAGGAGACCUUCCAGCACAGGACUAGAAAAGGAAGAAGGGGAGCCAGACAGAAAGCGGUAUUUUGCCUGGAAAAAAUGGACACAUACAACGCACCAAACACAGAUCUAAAACCCGGAAGCGUUUAUGACUGUGGACUUGUGGAUUCGGAUUACCCAGCCAAGCCAAAUGCCCCACAACACGACGAGUGUUCCCUGCUCAGUCCAAAGGUGGAGAUUAUAGAGCCUGAGGACGAGAGCCCGCGUAGUGGAAUGGGGCAUCCUGAUCUCCUCGAGAAACCCAAUAUAGUUCAUAGUGCGGAGAGUAUAGAACCCGACUGCUCAAUGCAACCAGAGCGCGAAAACGGGCAGGAAUCGGGAAAUAUUGCUCUCAGCGAGUCCUCCGAGGUGCUGGCCAAAUCCUGGGCCAUUCAGUACGAAGAGAUGGCCCCCACGCAACGCAUCCUGGCCAGAAAAGCCAUUGCGGACAUCCUGUUCGAGGGCUGCAUGGGCAACUUGCGGAUAAACCGCGGCGAUAACGGAAGCACUGUGGGAAAUCACUUGUAAUAUUUAAUUGGUUAGUUCUAAGUAAAAGGAGAUAAUUGUGUUCUCUGUUUAAAGUUUUUAAUUUAAAUCGAAAAAAUGUUUAAUUUAAAGAACAUAAUUUUUGCCAUAUUAUAACAAUUCAGGCCAAUUCUAAAUACAAAGAAAAUA